AUGGGGCCCAGGACAGGACAACAUCACAUCCACACCUUCAACUACGCCAUCCACACCUACAACUACGGCAAGCACACCUUCAACUACGCCAUCCACACCUACGGCAAGCACACCUUCAACUACCACACCUUCAACUACGGCAAGCACACCUUCAACUACGGCAAAAACACCUACAACUACAGGAAGCACACCUUCAACUACGGAAAGCACACCUUUAACUACGCCAUCCACACCUACAACUACGCCACCCACACCUACAACUACGGGAAGCACACCUUCAACUACCACAACUACACCAUCCACACCUUCAACUACACCAUCCACACCUACAACUACACCAUCCACACCUUCAACUACGGCAAGCACAACUACCACACCUUCAACUACGGGAAGCACACCUACAACUACGCCAUCCACACCUUCAACUACACCAUCCACACCUACAACUACGCCAUCCACACCUUCAACUACGCCAUCCACACCUACAACUACACCAUCCACACCUUCAACUACGCCAUCCACACCUUCAACUACGGAAAGCACAACUACACCAUCCACACCUUCAACUACGCCAUCCACACCUUCAACCUCGCGCCAUCCACACCUUCAACUACGCCAUCCACACCUUCAACUACGGCAAGCACACCUUCAACUACGGGAAGCACACCUACAACUACGCCAUCCACACCUUCAACUACACCAUCCACACCUACAACUACGCCAUCCACACCUUCAACUACGCCAUCCACACCUACAACUACACCAUCCACACCUACAACUACGCCAUCCACACCUUCAACUUCAACUACGCCAUCCACACCUUCAACUACACCAUCCACACCUUCAACUACGCCAUCCACACCUACAACUACACCAUCCACACCUUCAACUACGCCAUCCACACCUUCAACUACGCCAUCCACACCUUCAACUACGCCAUCCACACCUUCAACUACGGCAAGCACACCUUCAACUACGGGAAGCACACCUACAACUACGCCAUCCACACCUUCAACUACACCAUCCACACCUACAACUACGCCAUCCACACCUUCAACUACGCCAUCCACACCUACAACUACACCAUCCACACCUACAACUACGCCAUCCACACCUUCAACUACGCCAUCCACACCUACAACUACACCAUCCACACCU